AUGUCUUUUAAUAGACCGAGUGGCAGUCCAUCUAGAAAUUAUAGAGAAUUUGAUCCAGAGUCUGGUGAUGGUAUAGGUAGAAAAAAAUCAUUAGUUAGACCGGAAAGAUCUAGAAACAAUCCAAAUAAUCCUAGAUUUUAUUAUGAAUUACAUCAAUCAAGAUCGAAUUUAAGUCAUAUUCCAUCAAACCGUCAACUACCUGAUCCAAAUAAUAAUGAUGAUGAUAAUGAGGGUAUACCGUUAAUGGAUAUACAUAACUCUUCACCAGGUAGAUUAUCAUCAAAUGAUGCAAGUGAAAAUUUAAAAGGGGGCCGCGAGGUCUACGGAUUAAACGAUGAAAUUAAUGAUUACACUGCUUCACCGGAGAAAAACAAAGUUAUAUCGACAUUAAAAUCGAUGAAUCAAUAUGGUAAAACAAAAGCUGAAAAGAGAGUUAAACAUGAUAUAUAUUUUUGGAAGAUAUAUUGUUAUGCAAUUACAUUUUGGGCACCAGCUCCUUUAUUAAGGUUAUUUGGCUUAAAGACAAAAGAUCGUCAAUUUGCUUGGAGAGAGAAAAUUGGUUUAAUAUCAUGUAUUUUAUAUAUUGGUGCAUUUGUUGCAUAUUUAACGUUUGGUUUUACUAAAACUGUUUGUUCAAAUAGAGUUGUGAGGAUGAGAAAUAAUGAAGUUAGUAAUGGUUAUUUAAUUAUAAAUGGUAAAGCUUUUGAUUUAACUAGUUCUCAACAUCCAGCUGUUGCAGGUAUAAGUGCUGGUUCAAAUAUUUUGUAUCCUCCAAUUAAUGCUGGUGGGAAAGAUGCUUCUUUUUUAUUCCAAAAUGUUAAUGGUAAUUGUAAAGAUUUAAUUGUUCCACGAGAUAAUUGUACAAUUCCUUAUAAUGAUGACAGGGAAUUAGCUUGGUAUAUGCCAUGCCGUGUAUUCAAUCAAGAUGGUUCAAGUCCUGUUAAUAGCUCACAAGUUUAUUACAAUGGUUGGGCUUGUCAUACCAGUGAAAUAGCUAGAAGAGCUUUUUAUAAUUUGAAAGUUAACGGUGAUGUUUAUUUUACAUGGGAUGAUAUUAAAAAUUCAUCCAGAAAUUUAGUUGUUUAUUCAGGUACUGUUUUAGAUUUAGAUUUGAUUAAUUGGAUCUCGAGAGAUGAUGUUGAAUAUCCAGAAUUGUUUGAUAAAUUAAGAGAUGAUCAAACCUAUAGAGGCUUGGAUAUUUCAUUAGUUUUAAGUAAUAGUCACGAAAGACAAGCAGCAAGAUGUUUAACCGAGAUUAUCAAAGUCGGGGUCAUUGAUUCUGAUACUAUUGGUUGUAUUGCAUCAGAAAUUGUUUUAGUUGUUUCUUUAGUUUUUAUUUUGUCAGUAGUUAUUGUUAAAUUUAUUAUGGCAUGUUGGUUCAGGUGGGUUACAUCUAGAAAACAAGGUGCAACUGAGGUUGAUAAUAAAUCAUUAGCUCAAAGAAAUAAAGAAAUAGAAAAUUGGGUUGACAAUAAUCAAGCUGGUGUUGGAUCCAAAGUCAAAACUGUUCCAGUUAAGGCAAGAGCAAAUUAUAAAGCUGCCAAAACUAAUAGACAAAGUGUUUUCCAAAGAUCACAAAAACUUUCAUUAGGUCCAAAUGCUGACUUGUCUCAAUAUUAUGAUAAUCCAAAUGCAUUAUCUAAAACUUUCCAAUAUACUACAAUGUCAACGCAAGCAGCAUUAUUGGGAAGAAGUGGUUAUGGUAAGAAAAAUAAUAUUGGUGCAAUUCCUUUCAAAGGUAGUAGUACAAGACAAUCGACUUUGUAUUUAACUGAUCAAGGUUCAUCAGUUGAUUUACUAAAUCGACCUGUAUCAAGUUAUAAUCCAUUUGAAGGUUUUGAUGAAUCAUAUCCUGUUCAUGGUUUAGCUCCAGAUAUUAUCCAUCCAGAUGUUGUACCACAACCACCAGUUGAAUAUCAACCAUUUGGUUUCCCAUUGGCUCAUGUUAUAAAUUUAGUUACUUGUUAUUCUGAAGAUGAAGAUGGUAUACGUACAACUUUAGAUUCAGUUGCUACUACUGAUUAUCCAAAUUCUCAUAAAUUAUUAUUAGUUGUUUGUGAUGGUUUAAUUAAAGGAAGUGGUAAUGAUCAAACAACUCCAGAUAUGGUUUUAGAUAUGAUGAGUGAUUUUACUAUUCCAAGAGAUGAAGUUGAAGCUUAUAGUUAUGUUGCUGUUGCUCAAGGUAGUAAACGUCAUAAUAUGGCAAAAGUUUAUGGAGGAUUUUACAAAUAUAAUGAUGAAACUGUACCACCAGAAAAGCAACAAAGAGUUCCGAUGAUUACAAUUGUUAAAUGUGGUACUCCAGAAGAACAAGGUGCACCAAAACCAGGUAACAGAGGUAAACGUGAUUCACAAAUUAUUUUAAUGAGUUUCUUACAAAAAGUUGUUUUUGACGAAAGAAUGACAAGUUUAGAGUAUAAUAUGUUACAAAAUAUAUGGAGAAUAACAGGGUUGAUGGCUGAAUUUUACGAAGUGGUUCUAAUGGUUGAUGCUGAUACAAAGGUUUUCCCAGAUUCAGUUACUCAUAUGACUGCUGAAAUGGUUAAGAAUCCAAUGGUAAUGGGAUUAUGUGGUGAAACAAAAAUUGCAAAUAAAGCACAAUCAUGGGUUACUGCUAUUCAAGUUUUUGAAUAUUAUAUUUCACAUCAUCAAGCUAAAGCUUUUGAAUCUAUUUUUGGUGGUGUUACAUGUUUACCAGGUUGUUUCAGUAUGUAUAGAAUCAAAUCUCCAAAAGGUUCAGAUGGUUAUUGGGUUCCAAUUUUAGCAAACCCUGAUAUUGUCGAAAGAUAUUCUGAUAAUGUUGUUGAUACAUUACAUAAAAAGAAUUUAUUAUUAUUAGGUGAAGAUAGAUAUUUAUCUUCAUUGAUGUUGAAAACAUUCCCAAAAAGAUCACAAGUUUUUGUAUCAAAAGCUGCAUGUAAAACAGUAGUACCUGAUAAAUUUAAAGUUUUAUUAUCACAACGUCGUAGAUGGAUUAAUUCAACGGUUCAUAAUUUAAUGGAAUUAGUAUUGGUUAAUGAUUUAUGUGGUACAUUUUGCUUUUCAAUGCAAUUUGUUAUAUUUAUUGAAUUGGUUGGUACGUUGGUUUUACCAGCUGCUAUUGCAUUUACUAUUUAUGUUAUUGUAUUUGCGAUUGUUUCUAAACCAACUCCAAUUAUGUCAUUAGUUUUAUUGGCAAUUAUUUUUGGUUUACCUGGAUGUUUGAUUGUUAUAACUGUUUCAUCAAUAAAGUAUGUUGUUUAUUUCUUUAUUUAUUUGUUUGCAUUACCAAUAUGGAAUUUUGUUUUGCCUACUUACGCUUAUUGGAAAUUUGAUGAUUUCAGUUGGGGUGAAACAAGAACAGUUGCAGGUGGUGAUAAAGGUUCUCAUGAUGCUGCUGAAGGAAUAUUCGAUGCAACUAAGAUUAAAAUGAAGAGAUGGAGAGAAUGGGAAAGAGAUAGAAGAAGUUUAGAAAGACAAUUAAAUGAACAGAAUUAUAUGGAUCAUUCACAAAAUAAUUUAGCUGUACCUUCAGCAGCAUGGAAUCCAACCAAUGAAAAAUUGAUUGAUGAUUUAAGUCAAAGUGGAUCAAAUUCAAGCUAA